UGACUGGGCCUGUGACAAGGACUUCCUAUGCCGCUGGCCGACUCCUCCACUCAUCAAGUACGCGGGCCACCUUGAGGCCACAAUCCCUUAUCAUUCUCUGACGCGUAUCGCCCGGAUGAGGCGGUUCACCUCGCCAGACCGUCUGCCGUUCAGCUUUAUCGCGCAGGCUUGGGAUUCACUGGCCUGGAAGACAGACCUACUCUCGCAGUUCCCCUUCAGAAGACCAGAGCCGAUCCGGCUAUUCGAUCAGAUCCGCAGCCUCCAGCUGACGAUCUGGGCCGUCGAAUGGGGCCUCUGCCACUCCUCGUGGCCUUUGGCGUCCGACCCGUUCGUGAUGCUGACUCCGGUGCAGGACAAGAAGCAGAUGGAGGGUGCCAUGGCUUUGACGACGACCACAACAGCAUCACAACAGCAGCCGCCGCCACGCAGACCAGAGAAUUGGUCCCUCGCCACCGCCUUGGCCUUGCUCCCUUCUCUACGCACGCUCACCGUCGGCUUUGAGACGUGCCACGGUAGGACGGCAGAGGUGGAGCGCAUCGUGCGCUGGACCGUCGCCACGUGGCGGUUCAUGGUGUUUGGAAAUCUGCCCAAGAUGAGGCUGCCGGAGGCGUGGAUGCUAGAGUUUAGCCACCUCCUCCGAUCAGCGUUUGCAUCGGCGUGCGACGGUGAGCGCCACCGUGAUGGCGGGACGCAUGCCUAUGAUAUGCCGCCCGACGCCGAGACGCUGAAUGGGAGGCCGGUUACGAGGCGGUGUCUCGUGCCGCCGCGAGGAGGGAUGGAAAGAGUAAGGCGGUGGAGCUGGAGGGGACUACCCUACCACUGGCAGCGGAGGUGCCCGGCGUGUCUGGAGCACGACACCCAGGAGUACAGGUACUGUGAGGAGAGGAGGGCCCUGGAGGAGAAGUCCUGGGGCCGAGGCCGUACGUCUGGAGCGUCACCUGGACCGCGGAGGAGGACGUCGAGUAUAAUCGGAGCGCGGCAGAAGCGCACGGAGCGGAUGCAGAGCCGGACCCGGAGCCGGUUUUUGAACCGGAAUUCGGCUACUUCGCCCCGUCGGCGGUCCUGGUGUCUCUGUGAGUGUGCUCCCAACUCCUGAGAACGGAUCAGAAUUGCCGGCAGCCUCCUGCC